AUGCCAGCAGGGCUGUUGGAGACGAUUAAUGUUGAUAAGAAGGUGCUAGUGGAUAGGGUCAGGCAAGCGCUUUACGCCUCGAAGAUUUGCAGCUAUGCACAGGGCAUGAAUCUGCUGCGAGCCAAGAGUGUGGAGAAGGGAUCAAGAGGCGAUGACAGAAAUCCUGAGCUUGCCAAUUUGAUUGUUGACAGAGAGUUUGCAAGGGAGAUGGUGCAGCGGCAGAAUGCGUGGAGGUGGGUUGUGGCACGGGCGGUGGAGGCUGGCAUUAGCACACCAGGAAUGACUGCUAGCCUUUCGUACUUUGAUACCUACAGAUCAAGUCGAUUGCCUGCAAACCUGAUCCAAGCACAGAGGGAUCUGUUUGGUGCACACACCUAUGAGCGCAUUGACCGUCAAGGUUCAUUCCACACAGAAUGGAACAAGCUGGCGAGGAGAAGCAAUGGUGCAGCCAUUUGA